AUGUGGCGGACACUAAUCAUCGCACUGAUGGCGAGUGGAUCAGCUCGGGUGACACUGGCAUCACUGGACAGUCAAGUAUACCCGCGCCAGAACGUGAUCGAAGCGCAGGACAGCGGCGGCCAAUCAGCGCGUCGUUACUGUGUCUUAGACUACACGUCGGGCACCAACUCCUCCAUAACCACACACCAACUUCGGGACCGAUUCCUACCCUACGAGACCUACUCGGGUGACGCGUGCGGCCACACAUACCCCUACCCGUGGUCUCCGCCUAACAACACGUUUGUGAUCAUUAAAUUCACCACCGAUUGCAACAUCACUACACAAAUCAAUCACUUUGCGGGUAAACGUUUGGCCGGUCUAUUGGUGUCCGUCGGCUGCGGUGUAGACAUUGGCAAAGAGAUUGUCAUAACUGAGCGGACACUACUGGCCACGCCGUUCAGCGUAGGGGUGUUUACCGAUACCAGUGAGCACUCGAUUGAGCGGUUAAAGUGGUCGACCAUCAAGUUGUUCAACCCGUGGUCUGAUCCGAGCCGAUUUACGUUCGACUACUCGGUGCUGUGUCUCUGGUUUUUGGCCACUUUUACCGUGUGUUUGGGCGCCUUCUGGUCGGGCGUUGUUCGCCAUCACAUCUAUCGCUUGAAUCGCCAAAAGUCUGCCAAACCCGUCGCCGACUCGGCGGACAAACAGCAAUCGCCGGCCUCUUCGGGCUCUACCACUGCCACCACCGGCGCCGAAGAGGAGGCGUACGUCAACGUCUCGGCGGUACUAAUACUGGGGUUCGUGGGCCUGAUGUCGGUGAUGCUACUCCUGCUGUACUUCUUCUACUCAUACCUCAUAUACGUGAUUAUCUUC